AUGACCCUAGGAACUUAUGUUCGCACCACUGCAAUCGACCAACUAGUCGGGCAAUUCCUCGGUCCAUCCUCUUCCCAUACAAAUAAGAAACAGAUCAUCUCCCUAGGUGCCGGGUCAGACACGCGAGUCUUUCGUCUCCUUGCCGCCCGCCAACCGUCUGAUCUCAUCUACCACGAAAUCGAUUUCGCCGUAAACACCACGUCGAAGAUCCACGCGAUCCGAUCCACUCCCCUCCUACAAAAAGCACUAGGAAUUGACUCGUCAAGUCAGGAUGUAACCGUCUCUGAAUCUGGUGAUUCUCUUCAUUCAUCUUCCUACCAUAUCCACCCUCUUGAUCUACGCGUCUUAUCCAGCAGCUCCCCAGAGAUCCUUCCAGGCGUAGACACAUCACUACCGACCCUGUUAAUCUCCGAGUGCUGUCUGAUAUACCUUUCGCCAACCGAAGCUGCAGAUGUUGUCUCAUUCUUCACGGAGCGACUAUUCAGCCCGGCCACUCCCCUUGGCUUGGUUCUAUACGAACCGAUCCGUCCAGAUGAUGCUUUCGGUCGAACGAUGGUAUCGAACCUUGCGACGCGCGGGAUUCAGCUCCAGACUUUGCACAAGUAUGCCACGCUGAAGGCGCAGCGGACUAGGUUGCAUGAACAGGGAUUCGUCAGUGGGCAAGCUGUUGCUGAUAUUGAAUUCCUUUGGGAGCAGUGGGUGGGGGAGGGAGAGAAGGAGAGGGUUUCUCGUCUUGAGAUGCUGGAUGAGAUGGAGGAGUGGCAGCUUUUGGCGAGACAUUAUUGUAUUGCUUGGGGGUGGAGGGAUGAUGCUGAUGCUUUCAAGGAAUGGAGUAAGCUACAGGCUCAAUCUGGUGAUGUGUGA